UUGAAGAGUCAAAAUACAACAAAACUGGGGUAUAUUUAGAGAUUUUGACUGAAAAGACCAAUGAAGUAUUCACUGCUCUGUUUGAUGCUGCACAACAAACAGCAGAAAGAUGCAUUAAUUAUGGACAAGCUUGGGUUCAACUCUUGAAAGAUUCUGAAGUGUUUGGCUCCUCCAUCCCAGUCCUAGGCAACAAUGCAGUGGUGGUUUCAUUUACAAUAGUAGCCAUUAUCAUAGUAUACAUACAUCGGCAUAAAGGCAAGGUCCAUGUGGAUAGGGUUGCCACUCCAGUAGCCAGCCCAGACAUGACUGGAGACCAUCAGAGAUUGAAGGAUGUGACCACACCCUACACUAAACACUAUCCAUACAGCUGGAAUGUGUUUGAUCUUGCCAAGACUGCCUAUGAGCCAGGACACAAGGAGGCAUGCAUGAAUCUGAUUGAAAGACUGUACUACAACGUCAACUCAAAAAUACCGUCCAAUGGCCUUACGCUCUUUCUGUGUGCCUGCCUUAGCGGUGACAAAGAACUGAUCAUGUUUAUGCUAAAAAGAGGAGCGGAUGUGCGGCAUACAACCAAUGUAGGAGACACAGCCCUCUAUCUGGCCACUUUUGGAGUCCUCAGUUCAAGUCACCCAGAUGUCUCAGUUCUACGGGAAAUCAUAUGUUCUGGGUGCCCUGUGAAUGGGGCUAAUCUAGCAGGUUACACCGCACUACACAGAGCUGCGGGGCAUGGAAACUUGCAGGUCAUUCAGACACUCAUGAAUUAUGGUGCUGACCCAUGUAAGGCCAGUGCUUCUGGAAUCUACCCAAUGGACAGCGCAAUCAAUGCUGGUCACCUUGAGGCUGCCAAGCUGCUGGAGAUACCAAUGCCCAACCCCCACGUCUGGGACAUAGUGGACCACCACACCCCGCCCCACAUCUCUUUGGGGCUACAGAGCCCGCAGAGAAAACACCUCAUAGAGUCAACCCGUAGAAUGAUGUCACCUAGGGUCAUGUGACCAAUGACUGCUAGUCAUAAAUGUGAUUCAUCAGAUGUGAAUUUGUGGAAUUGCACUCUGUAGA